AUGAGUACCAUUAGGAAACUGCAAAAUCGUCUGAGUUUGAGCUCAUGGAGCAACUCUUUUACGCGCAAGAAUAGUGUGAAGAGUGGCCAAAUUCGCCCAUCAAGUGUUUUGUCGACGCCAGCUGCACAAGCAGGAGGCGUAGAAUCAACAAAUAACAACAAUGCCUCCACAACCCAAGUCUCUCCCCCACUCACCACCAGGAGAUCAGCGACAACAUCGACCAAGCCUUCUACCUCGGAUUUGAUCUCCCUGGCUGCAACGAUCACAAGGGAAACCGAGAAAUUGGACAAAUAUAUGAAGGAGAAUGGAAAUCCAGCACCAUCAUUUGACGUGGAUGCGCCAAUGGACUUUCCAAAGCUGCCAGCAGACAUGAAGAAAGCAAGAGAAGAGAUCGUACGAGCGACGAAAGAAUUGGGCGAUUUAGUCACGGGACCACGAGAAGGUCUUCGAUGGAUGGCUUGGGAUCAUAAUAACUCACUUUCCUUGCAAGCAAUAUAUCACUUCAAAAUAGCAAAAUCGUUUCCUAUCCACGAGACUGCUACGUACGAGCAGAUAUCCAAGGCCGUUGGACUAGAUGAGGUCAAUGUUCGUCGUUUUAUGCGGCAUGCUAUGACAAACAGAAUCUUCAGAGAGGUCAAUCCUGAUGUGGUGGCUCACACGGCGGCCAGUAGAGUUCUGGCUGAAGAUCCUGUGAUCAAUGACUGGAUCGGAUUCUGUACAGACGAUAUCUUACCUGCGGCAGCAAACGUAACUCGAGCAUUGACAGAGUACCCUUCCGCCUCAGAACCAACUCAAACCGGCUUUCAACUCGCCAAUAAUACCACAAACGUCGAGCCCAUGUUCGUCACGUUCGGCAAGUCACCUCUACGCGCCAAACGUAUGAGCGGAGCAAUGGCUUCUCUCACCGGCGGCGAAGGCUACGAGCUGUCCUACCUGCUUGACAACUACGACUGGGCUUCUCUCAACGCCUCCAAAGCAACCAUCGUCGACGUUGGUGGUUCCAUCGGAUUCGUCUGUAUCGAUCUCGCCAAACGCUACCCCGAUCUGAAGUUCGUCGUACAAGACCUCCCAAAAACCAUAGAUUCAGCCCCAAAACUCGAAGGCGACCUCGCUCAACGCAUAACCUUCCAAGCCCACGAUUUCUUCUCCCCUCAGCCAGUCAAAAACGCCGACGUCUAUCUCUUCCGCUGGAUUUUCCACAAUCAUUCCGAUAAAUACGCAUCCAAGAUCCUGAGCGCGUUGAUUCCAUCGAUGAAAAAGGGAGCCAGGGUUUUGAUCAAUGAUCAUUGUCUGAGAGACGGAUUCGGAGAGGAGAGUAUGUGGGAUGAGAAGAUUAUUCGAACGAUGGAUUUGGUCAUGUUGACCCUACUUAAUGCGACGGAGAGGAGUGAGAGACAGUAUAAAACGCUAUUCGAGAAUACGCACAAGGACUUGAAGUUUGCGGGCGUGAAGAGAAUUGAGGGGUGUAGGAUGUCUAUUGUGGAGGCGGUUUGGGAGGGGGAGGAUUAUGGUGGUGCUUGA